CAUGUCGCCGACACCGUUGCCGCAGCAUUUGAAUCACUGUAUUUCCGCCUUUUCCCCCCAAAAACGCUGUCAUUCGAUUGCACACGGUUCGUAUCAUUAACACCAUAGUGCACAUCUUCGUCAUGUUUUACCUGCCUUCCAUCACCGGUACCUUGGUGUUUUUCGUUGCCGCCAGCACCGCCCUCAUGUCCGACGAUGGAGCCGAAGGACUUCCGACUGGGCCUUGGGACGACAGCCGAAUGGACGAGAGGAUCUAUGCGGAUACGCCACACUAUCUGACUUAUCAGCUUAACAGCAAGAGGUAUUCGGUGCCGUACCAUCCUGUUGCCAGAUUGAGGGCUAGCCAAGCUGGGGUGGUGUUGCCUUACGCCAUGAUCACCAAUCGCGAAUACAUGAACGACGAGGGGAACCGAUUCGAACCCGUGUGGAAGCCUAAUGCAGCCGAACUCCUGACGAUGCUGAUGAACCGCAGAAAGAACACCGAACCCGGAUUUGACAACACAAACUUCAUGCGCUUCGGCAUAAGCAAAAGAGCGCACGUGGAUUAGUCAGAAAAACGGAUAAAGCCAUCGUUUCCCGACAACCAUGUUUCUUUCCAAAAAAAUAAAAAUUAUAAAAAUAUUGCAUUUACAUACCAAGUAGUUUGUGUGGUCAGAGAAUGAAAAACAUAAUAUUACCUAUAUUAUUAUAAACGUACAACAUUAAGGUUUUUUUUUUUUGUUAUUUAAUUGAUUUUAAUAAAACAAAUUUUGUUUCUAUACAUCACAUUGUAUUUACG